UGGCCGCUUGUUGCCGAGCCGAGCCGACUGACGCUUAUUGCAAGAACUUGUUCAUGCGAGAAACAAGUUUGAGUGUGCAUAGUGGAUGCGAGAAUCAGCGCUGAUAUUUUAUCUAUUAUUUGUGUUUUAUGUAUGUUUGUAUGCAUUUGGGUUUGUUGUUCAUUCGUGUUUGUGAAAUUGAAGUGAAAAGAUAUGGAUUCGUCAGAUGAUGAGUAUUUAGCUUCGGCUACUGUUUUAAAGUAUUUUAUCAACAAAAAAUCAUUUGGAAAAAAUCCAAUAAAUGAUAAACGAAGUGAAUUUGGAGAAUUUCAUCACUUAUAUAGUGAUUUAAGAAAAUAUCCUGCCAAGUUUAAAGAAUAUACUCGAAUGAGUAUUGAAACUUUCGACUAUAUUCUCGAAAAGAUUGGUGAUAAAUUAAAAAAGAAGUGGAGUAAUUUUAUUAAAGUACCAAUAUGUCCAUGUGAACGCUUGAUAGUAACUCUCAGAUUUCUGGCAACUGGAGCAUCAUUUGCCUCACUAGCUUUUUCGUUUCGGCUAGGCAAAUCAACAGUAGGAGCUAUUGUUAAGGAGACAACACAAGUUCUGUGGGAUAAUAUGUUUACUAUACAUAUGCCGCAGCCAAACGAACAAUGUUUUCAAGAAAUUGCAGAGCAAUACUGGAAGCUAUGGAACUUCCCAAAUUGAAUUGGUGCUAUCGACGG